AUGGGGCAUUAUCCUAAGGAGCUUUUGGUCGGCCACAGACUACGGAUCCCCUCCCCCCCACUGCUCCACCUGCAGCAGAGGGAUGGAGGAGAAGGGGGGACGGGGGGGCUGGUGCUGCAGAUCCCCUCCCCCCCACUGCUGCACCCGCAGCAGGGGGAUGGAGGAGAAGGGGGGGGGGGGCUGGUGCUGCAGAUCCCCUCCCCCCCACUGCUGCACCCGCAGCAGGGGGAUGGAGGAGAAGGGGGGGGGGGUGGCUGGUGCUGUAGAUCCCCUCCCCCCCACUGCUGCACCCGCAGCAGGGGGAUGGAGGAGAAGGGGGGGGGGGGCUAG